AUGGAAAAGCCGCCCCGCCGUGGGGCCGAGGCAGCCUCAACCGCAGGGGAUGAGAAGAGCCUUCUCUCUCUUCCCGCCCAUUGUUUGCCCUACGAUGACGUUAUACGCGAGUUAAGAACCGAUCCCGAAGAUGGCCUUACAGCUGAAGAAGCCAAGCGCCGGCUUCAGAUUUAUGGCCCCAAUGUGCUUGAAGGCGGCGAGAGAGUCUCCAUCGGGAAGAUUCUCAUCCGCCAGUUGGCCAACGCAAUGAUGCUAGUUCUUAUCAUGGCAAUGGUAGUUAGUUUUGGUAUUCAAUCCUGGAUUGAAGGCGGCGUUGUUGCUGCCGUUGUCGUCCUAAAUGUUAUUGUCGGUUUCUUCCAGGAAUUCGCUGCCGAAAAAACCAUGGACUCUCUGCGUUCCUUGAGUUCUCCAACUGGCAAUGUCUCGCGGAAUGGGAACACCACCACUAUCGCUUCGAUUGAUAUUGUUCCCGGUGACAUGGUUGAACUCAGGACUGGUGACACAGUCCCUGCGGAUCUCAGACUCGUGGAAGCUGUCAACUUUGAAACCGAUGAAGCUUUACUUACUGGUGAAUCCCUUCCUGUCCACAAGGAUGCGGAACAAGCCUUCCACCAGGAUACCGGUCCGGGUGACCGUUUGAAUAUUGCUUACAGCUCUUCAACCGUAACCAGAGGCCGUGCGCGUGGUGUCGUCGUAGCUACUGGCAUGAAGACUGAAAUCGGAUCCAUUGCUGCUGCUCUGCGCGCAUCUGAUUCUAAAGUUCGUGCAGUGAAGCGUGGGCCUGAUGGUGAGACUAAGAAGCGAUGGUAUGUCAAAGCAUGGGCUUUGACUGGCACAGAUGCCGUCGGGAGGUUCCUUGGUGUCAAUGUUGGAACUCCGUUGCAACGAAAGCUCUCGAAAUUGGCCUUGGUCCUUUUCGGGGUUGCUGUUGUUUUAGCAAUCAUCGUCAUGGGCUCAAAUGAAUUCAGCAGCAAGAGUGAAGUUAUCAUCUAUGCUGUCGCUACGGGUCUCAGUAUGAUUCCAGCUUGCUUGGUCGUUGUUUUGACUAUUACUAUGGCUGUUGGCACCAAACGGAUGGUUGAAAGAAAUGUCAUUGUUCGUAAACUUGACUCUCUCGAGGCCCUGGGCGCCGUCACCAAUAUUUGCUCGGACAAGACCGGGACAUUGACACAGGGAAAGAUGCUUGCUAAAAAGGCUUGGAUUCCGUCUGGAGGCACAUUCUCUGUUGGAACCUCAACUGAGCCGUUUAACCCAGAGAUGGGUGCUGUCGGCUUCGAAAGAGCACCUCCCGUUAAAGCAGGCCACAAUGAUGAACCAAUUGGCAUUUCCACGGUGGAUCUCCUCAAGGACAACGACUGUCUCGUCAAAUUUCUCGACAUCGCAUCCAUGGCUAACCUUGCUCACGUCUACAAGACAGAGGCAGGUGAGUGGCAUGCCCGCGGAGAGCCUACUGAGAUCGCCAUCCAGGUUUUUGCGUCUCGCUUCAACUGGAACAGGGACAGAUGGACCAAAGGGCAAGACGCCAUCUGGCACCAGGUCGCUGAAUUUCCCUUCGAUUCUAGCAUCAAAAAGAUGUCAGUUAUCUUCGAGAACCCAACUCAAAAAGACAAGAUGGUCUUCACCAAAGGUGCCGUUGAGCGGGUUCUUGAAGCCUGUUCUACCAUUGUGUGGAAUGCUGAGGAAGGCCUUAUCCCAAUCUCCGAAGAUCACCGCACUCAGAUUCUCGAGAAUAUGGAGGCCAUUGCCUCUCAGGGACUGCGUGUUUUGGCAUUGGCUGGACGGAAAUUUACCGACUCCCCACUCGAGAAUGAAGAGUAUAACCGUGACGAUGUUGAGAGGGAUUUGACAUUCCGCGGCCUGAUCGGCCUGUAUGAUCCUCCCCGCCCCGAAACCGCCGGUGCUAUAGAGGAAUGUUUUCGGGCUGGUAUUUCGGUUCACAUGGUCACUGGGGAUCACCCUGGCACCGCACGGGCUAUUGCCGCCCAAGUUGGCAUCGUCCCCACCGAUAUGAGCACUCUCGCCAGUGACGUUUCUGAUGCCAUGGUAAUGACGGCCAGCCAGUUCGACAAACUCACUGAUGACGAAAUUGAUGCCCUGCCCACCCUCCCACUCGUCAUCGCUCGAUGCGCGCCCAAUACUAAAGUCCGCAUGAUCCAAGCGCUCCACAGACGUGGUCGGUUCUGCGCCAUGACCGGCGAUGGGGUCAAUGAUUCCCCAUCCCUGAAACACGCUGAUGUUGGAAUCGCCAUGGGCGAGUCUGGAUCCGAUGUUGCCAAGGACGCAUCUGAUAUUAUCUUGACUGAUGACAAUUUCGCCUCGAUCCUCAACGCGAUUGAAGAGGGUCGUCGCAUAUUUGACAAUAUCCAGAAAUUCGUCCUUCAUCUGUUGGCUGAAAACAUCGCACAGGCCUGCACCCUUUUGAUUGGAUUGGCGUUCAAAGAUGUUGAUGGUCAGUCUGUGUUCCCGCUGGCACCCGUCGAGAUUCUCUGGAUUAUCAUGAUUACGUCUGGAAUGCCUGAUAUGGGUCUUGGUAUGGAAGUUGCUGCUCCAGAUAUCAUGGAUCGUCCGCCGCAAAGCAAACAAGGAAUCUUCACCCGGGAAAUCAUCACCGACACCAUCUUCUACGGCCUUUGGAUGGCCGCCCUUUGUCUGGCUUCCUUCACCCUCGUCCUGUACGGUUUUGGGGACGGCAACCUCGGCCGCUUUUGCAACAUUGAAUUCUCCGAGCAAUGUGAAACCGUCUUCCGAGCUCGUGCCACCACCUUCGUCUGUCUGACCUGGUUCGCCCUCUUCCUCGCAUGGGAGAUGGUCAAUAUGCGCCGUAGCUUCUUCCGCAUGCAGCCCAAUUCCAAGAAAUACUUCACCCAAUGGAUGCACGACGUGUGGCGUAACCAGUUUCUCUUCUGGGCCAUCAUCUGUGGUUUCAUUACAAUUUUCCCGCUGCUUUACAUCCCCGUUAUCAACACGGUGGUGUUCAAGCACAAGGGCAUCACGUGGGAGUGGGGGAUUGUGUUUGUCGAGGCCACCCUGUUCUUUAUGGGCGUGGAGGCGUGGAAGUGGGGGAAACGAAUUUACUUCCGUCGCCAGGAUCGCAAAGCAAAAGCCUCUUCUGGAGAUUUGAGGAUUGCCGAUGUUGAGCAGUAA